GCAAUAUGAAACUCUUAGAAGACAAUCAUAGACGUGACGAAGAUGAUGCAAAUCAAAUUAAUAGACGGAGAAACAGGGAAAAUGAAGUAUUAAAGGCAAUCAUUAAUAUUGAAGAUUCAAUGAAUGUUGAUCUUUGCUUCGUUCUGGACUGUACAGGCUCGAUGUCUCCUUAUAUCGAAGCAGCGAAAGAGCAUAUAUUAAAAGUUGCUAGUUACGUAAACAGCAAUAACUCAAAUAUCGAAUUCUGG